GAAAAACCUAAAUAGUUUUCUCUCCUUCCUCACCGAUCAUUCCAAAAAUUCUCGAAGAUGAUGACGACGAUGGAUGAUCUCAACGAUCCAUGCGAUUUCGUCACUGUCGAAGCGGAAUCGAACCCGGACUCACUCCAACAAUGGCUCUCCACCGUAGAAAACGGAAAGGCGAACGGGACGCGACGGUCGGAUAUCUCCACGAAGGCGAAGAAGCAUCUCUCCUCUCUCGGCUGGCGCUUCGCUUACUUUCCUAAACGGAAUAAGAAGCGAGAGCUCCGCUAUAAAUCUCCCAAGGGGAAGUGGUUUUACUCCUUAGCUACGGCUUGCUCGAGCUGUGUACACGAAGAAGACGACGGCUCGAGACGAGAGCUGAUCGUUCCCGAGUCUGAUGAUUCUCCGAGAAAUCUCUCAGUAGCUUUCAUCGAAACCGUUUCUGGUGAUAAUGUAUCGAGGAGGAGGAAGAGAGUGAAGGAUUGUGAAACGGCGGCGUUUAGUGGGAACAAAGCGCUUAUCAAUGUUGAUGUGUCGAAUAAGAGAGUCAAGGAUUGCGAAGCGGCUGCGUUUAAUGGGACCAAAGUCGUUCUCAUUGUUGAUGUGUCGAAGAAGAGGAAGAGAGUGAGUGAUUUCGAAACGGCAGCGUUUGCUGGUGUAACUCCUAACGAAGAGAAGACUCGCUCGUCUGAGUUGAUCAAGAAGAGGAAGAGAGUGAAUGACUGUGAAACGACAGCGUUUAAUGGGGUCGCUCCUAACGAAGAGAAGAAUCAUCCUUUGUCUGAUAUUCUCAAUGUUGCGUUUGAUAGCAAAGCCAAGGGGGAGAUAAGGCCAAGGUUUGAGAAGUCGUUGAGGAAGGUCUUACAAGUGAUGGAGAAGAAGAAUGAGAAGUGCGAGAAAGAGUCAAUAAGAUUCUGGAGGAAAGACUGUGGUCCAGAGAAGAACUGUGACGUAUGUUGCGUUUGUCAUAUCGGUGGAGACUUGCUUCUAUGCGAUGGAUGUCCAUCAGCAUUUCACCAUACUUGCAUAGGGUUACCCAUUCUUCCCGAGGAAGAGCUCUGGUUCUGUCCCUGUUGCUGCUGCGACAUCUGUGGAUCGAUGGUAACGUUGGGAAACAGCAAGUUGAUGACUUGUGAGCAGUGCCAAAGGAGGUUCCAUCUAAAGUGUUUAAAAGAAGAGACUUGUCUUGUUUCGUGUAGAGGAUGGUUCUGUAGUAAGCAAUGCAGUAGAGUCUUCUCCGCGCUUCAGAGUCUCUUGGGACGUAAGAUUGCGGUAGGGGAAGAGGGUUUGGUUUGGAGUUUGAUUAGAGCUCCUAAUGAUGGUGAACACUACGAUGAUGAACAAAUGGCCAAGCUAGACUCUGCUGUUGAGAUACUUCACCAGGGGUUUGAGCCUUCAACGGACCCUUUCUCUGGGAGAGACCUUGUCGAGGAGCUGAUAUACAGGAAGGACGCUAGUGGUGUGGGUCGUGGGUUUUACACGGUUUUGGUCGAGAGGAACAACGAGCCUGUGACUGUGGCGGCGAUGAGAGUUGACAAGGAUGUAGCUGAGAUCCCUUUGGUGGCGACAUUGUCUAGUUACAGGAGAAGUGGGAUGUGUAGAGUGCUUAUGGAUGAGUUGGAGAAGCAGAUGUCUAGAAUGGGAGUUCGUAGAUUGGUUUUGCCUGCUGCUAAAGAGGUUGUGAGCACUUGGUCUCAGGGGUUUGGGUUCAAGGCGAUGGAUAGUUGGGAGAGGUUGGAGUUUGUGAAACAUGGAAUGCUAGAUUUCGUUGGUACUGUGAUGUGCCAUAAGUUUUUGAGGGGAAGAGAAGUGUCAGGAGAGUCAAGCUUAACUGAAUAGGAGUUGGGAACAGAACCUGAUAACACUUUUUGUCAUGUAAAGAUUGAAUCUACUCUUUUUGACGUGGGAUAACAAAGCAUAUAACUUUUGUAUAUCUCUGAUUAGACUUCGAGUCUUAACUAAAUCAGACACCUUGAUCGGAUCCAUCAUCUCAUAACUAUUGUAUACAAGUGACUUAGAGAAACAAUCAAGAAAAUGCAAUAUAAGAAGCAU